GAAUUGAUAUUCGUUGCGUUUGGGCUGUUUUCUGUUGUUCGUGCGCUUACGUUCUCGGGUAAUUCGUUCUCACAGUGCUGCUCACAACACAUAUUUAUACUGUGUGAAUAUCUAGAGUGCCGUUGUACGACUUGUACCGUGCCUGCCAUACACAAAACGGUUUGCCACGCAAAUUCAAAAUCAACAAAAGCACCAACCACCCGAUUCGGUCUACGAAUCGGAAUUGGCAUCGAACUCAAAAUUAUAUAUCCGCUAUUCGAUUUUACCACCUAUAAAUGAGUUUUCAAACUGAAAUUCACGCUGUGUGAGUGUGUGUGUGUGUGUAUUUUUUAUCACGCAGGUUAGAGAAAAAUCGUGGUUUCGACAACAUACCAACAAAAAACAACUUCUCUCUAUUCCAUACUCGACUCGAGAUUUCGUUUUUUUUUCUGUUUUCAAAUUGGAAACACUUCAAUCUUCUGUUUUUUUCUGCAUUGGUUAAUUUAAUUUUAAUGACAUUUUGGUGACAUUCACUUUUCCAUGUGAAAUAGUUUCAAGACCACAAUAAUUGAACGGUGUACCGAUCAAUGUCGACAAAGGAAAUUUUGAAUAUAUACGAACACAUUAAAUUUAAUUCCAACCAAACAAAACAGAACCAAACUAUUCAUUUAUUGUGUGCAGUGUGCGGUCGACAAUAAAUAUCUAAAAUCGAAGGGGAAGCAAGUAAGAACUAAGCGAAAAUAAAACAGACAAAUCGAUCGUUUGUCACAAAUAAUAACAGCGAAAAUUCCCUUCUAAAAACAAUACAAGUAAAAAAAAAAUAAUAUGGAACUGUGAAAUAAAUGCAAGUGUUUCUAUAACUUUGUUUUAACGUUUCCUUGUUGUUUUGAGUCUGGAUUUUUUUCUUCUCGCGCCCUCUUUCUCACUCUAUCUUCAAUCUACCUCGCUCGUUCAUCUGUUCUCUACUGUUUUCGAUUUUCGCAGUCUUCGUGUAUGAAUGAAGCAGAACUAUUUUGAAUGCAUAUGUGGUUCAUUUUCGUGAUGUGAAUCACGUACCGAAAAAAAAACAGGCAAAAAAUAACUGGAAAUAUUCGAUUUUGGUUCUCGACUCUUUUUUUAUGUCCAUUUCACACGCGGGUCAUAUAUCGCUUCCCACUCACUGAAAACGGAAUUGAAAAUCACCUACUACACAAAGCCAUUGUUGAAAUUCACGAAACUAACAUCGUUGUGAGGCCAUAAGCUCAAUCACAAUGAUGGUUUCGUACUCAUUGAACUUUGAAGUUCAAUCGAAAAAACAAACACCAAAUGAAAUGCCAACAAUUAUAAAAUUGACGCAAAGCACGCAUUUCGAUUCAUUUCCAUAAUAAUCGUUUCGAUUUCAGUGAAUUAAAGAUUAGAAAAAUGCACUGCUGAUUGUCGCUACCACGUGAAAGAGAGAGAAUAGAGGUAUGAGUUGGGGUUGUUUUAACGAGAGAAAUUUUUUUCGAAUGCCAUGGUAUAAUUGUUGCUUUUGUAUUCAUGAUUUGAUCCCAAUAAAAUUGGUUUCCACAUCCCAUAUUCCACACAAUGCAUUCGUACGGAAUUCCAUUGCUCUUCAUCCCCCGAACAUUGGAAUUAAUCGCAAUCUGCUUUUCUUUCAAUUGAUCUCAACCAAUACGUAGAAGCAAGAAUAAAUCGAAUAAAACCGUUUUGUGACGCUAUAUGUCAAGCCGUAAUGUAACAAUAACAACAACAAAAUCAACGAAUCGAUCGAAUUACAACGGGAAAAAAAAUCAAAAAAAAAAAAUAACAAUCAUAAUUUUGACACAGAAAUGCAUAGCGUGGAUUAUUUAAAAAUGUACAAUUCAUAUGUGUUUAUUAUCAAAGUAUAAACAUAAGUUUAAAACAACAAAAACAUUAGUGGCAACAACAAAAAUAUUAGUGAAGAAUAAAAAGAAAUUGUUCUUUGUCGUAAACAAAAGAGAGCAAAAAAAAACAAGUCUAAAGCGAAAAAAGAAAGAAAAGUCAAAAGUAAACAAACAAACAAAAUAAAAAUUGGCGCACUCAAUCAUCAAUAAAAGCAAUAAAAAUCAAACGUGUAAUAUUGUGUCGUUUGUUACAUUUUGUUAGUUGCACGAACAAAAGAGCUAUGUUCCAGAUGCAAAUCGCAUGAAAGAAGGGAAUGAACGAAAUUGCGACGAGUGCUGCAGAGCGCAAUAAAAACAAAGAAUGGUUUUUGCAGAUUGUUCCAAGAAAAUGGCUAUUUCAGUUGAGCAACUUCAUUGAUCAAAUCGCUGUGUAGACAAAUAAGAGCCGAAUAUAACGAAGAACGGUUGCACUAUGCUGCUGGUAUUGCCAUAAACAAAAGCAGUAGAUAGACACGGACCGAACACACGGUCGGCAUACAACACAAAAAAGGCGACAACGAUCUACAAUUUAAUUCAGGAACGAGAAAAAAAAUCAGUCGAUACAGCGAAAAAUAGCAAAUAAUCACAUUGGAAGAGAGUGCAAAAGCAAAAGCGCAGCUACAACAUGAACAUUUUACAAAUAAGCAAAUUUCACUUUACUACGACAAUUGCCACGGUUUCGAACACAUCACCGUUCCAUUAACGUGUAUUGAUGACGUGGUGAGCGAACGAGGCCAGCCAAACUGAUAAUGAAAAACAAACAGCUGAGUGAAUUGUGUUGAAACACCUUUUAGUUCUCUUCUCUCCGUUUUUAUUUUGUUUUUUUUUCGUUUUUUUGUUUUUUGACACGUCAAAUAUUUGUCGUGGGACGUGGGGGGAGAAUAUAUAAAUUAUAUCGAAAUCAAUUGAUGCACUGUUGUUACGGAAAUACAUCGGGGAACCGGGCUAUCGACGCACUCAACCAUUGAGUAGAGUACAUGGUGAAGGUAGUGAUAAACACACGAAUACAUACACAUACAUUCACCGGAGCUGUAUAAAAAGAGGGAAAAAGAAGCAGCAGCCAGCAUUUCGUUGGACAUUUUGUGUGUUUUAUUUUCAUUUUUAUUCCUUUCUUUUCCAUUCCGAUAUUGGAAAUCAUUGCUUGUGAGCUGUGUAACGGCAUGGGGGCGUAAACACUGCCCCUAGCCAUUAUUUAUCUAUCUGUAUGGAGCAUUUAAAAUUUGACGAAAUAGGAUCACAAGCAGCCAACCUUACGAUUGCCUCAUUGUCGCAGGUAACAAGAGAACUGUCGACACAGUCGUCGUCGUCGUCGUCGUUGUUGCCAUCGUUUGGCACAAGUACUGCCACUGUUCCAUCAGCUUCGUCCGCCUCCGAGCCUGGAACAUCGUUGCCACCAUUGCAGGCGGUUGUAAUAAGCAUCAUUUUGCUCGUUGUAAUCUUUGUUACGGCCGUCGGUAAUAUUCUAGUAUGUAUCGCUGUUUGUAUGGUACGAAAGCUCCGCAGACCCUGCAAUUAUCUCCUGGUAUCGCUAGCUGUAUCGGAUCUAUGUGUCGCAAUAUUGGUGAUGCCACCAGCGUUGCUGUACGAAGUGCUGGGCGAAUGGAAUUUUGGAACGGUGUUCUGCGAUUUAUGGGUGUCAUUCGACCAGUUGGCAUGUACGGCGUCCAUAUUGAAUCUGUGCGCGAUAUCACUCGAUCGAUACUGGGCAAUAACGAAACCGCUCGAGUACGGUGUCAAGCGAACACCAAGACGAAUGAUGCUAUGCGUGGCAUUGGUUUGGUUGGGCGCCGCUUGCAUCUCACUUCCACCGCUCUUAAUUCUCGGCAACGAACAUUAUAACGAAAACGGCGAACCGAUUUGCUUAGUGUGCCAGAAUUUUGGCUAUCAAAUUUAUGCAACAUUAGGAUCAUUUUAUAUUCCGUUAGCAGUCAUGCUGUUCGUGUACUAUCAAAUAUUCCGUGCGGCACGGCGAAUCGUUUUGGAUGAGAAACGUGCACAGACCCGACUCGAAAACACAAUGAAUGGCGGCACCAAAGAGAAACCAAUCGAAACUAGCAGCGGCACAAUUAUCGGUUCACCACAUCAAAAGAAAUUACGGUUUCAAUUAGCUAAAGAGCGUAAAGCAUCAACCACAUUAGGAAUAAUUAUGUCCGCGUUUACGAUAUGUUGGUUGCCGUUUUUUUUGUUAGCUUUAGUUCGUCCAUUUCUCGGUGAGGGUAAAGACGAAGAUCCGGCUGUGCCGAGUUAUCUACAUUCACUAUUUUUAUGGUUAGGUUAUGCAAACUCUCUACUAAAUCCAGUAAUCUAUGCGACCUUGAAUCGUGACUUCCGUAAACCGUUCCAAGAAAUUUUAUACUUUCGAUGCUCCAGUUUGAAUUUAAUGAUGCGCGAAGAUUUCUAUCACAGUCAAUACGGUGAGCCCACAUCACAACGUGUCGUGGUCGGUGGUGAAGGGCACGGUGCACGUGAAAGCUUUCUUUGAAAUUUAAAGAUGUAGAGGGUUCUUCGUUUCGAGCGCCCCACGAUUCGAAUGGCAAACCGAUAGAGGUGACGGUGAUGCAUCACACCAUACAUCCCUAGCUAUUCAUACCAUGUACAUUCGUUUCGCACACGGACUCGGCCAUUCACUGCUGCUGCAGCAACAGCAGCAGCUGAAACAACAACAACAUCAACACUAAAAAGAAAAUACACGAAAACCCUCUUCAACUUUCUUUGAGAAAAAAAAAGAAAAACUCAAGCAAUCGAUUCGAAAUCAAAUUUUAUCUAGUAAAACAGAAGCCAUCUACAUUUCGAUAAACACUCAGAAAAAAAGAAGAAAAAAAAACUUUGCAAUCGCAUACACUUCGAUCAUGAUUUUGUGUAUAGUAAUAAAACGUGUUCUAUGGUGAUAAACAUUUAGUUCAAUUCUCGGGCAAAAGGAAUGAACGUUUGUCCGGAAGAGAGUAUCCCACAAAUUCAAGUGCAUUUGAAAAGAGAAUGACAGUGAACACAGUGUGCUCUGUAUGGCAACGCCAUCGAUUACCCGAAGCCGUACUGUUGCAUUCGAACAGAAUUAGAAAUUGUAGAAAACAAAAUUGUUGACAAAUUAUGCACAGAUGCAUUACGAUUCAGUCGGCAUGCCGCCGAUGUGACGUUGAUUCUGUGAGCUAAAACAAACCAAUUUAAAUUGGUCAAAAAAUAACCGCAUCCAAGUUUUCGAGCAUGUGAUUUUGAAGCGAUUUGUUUCACACAGUAUGUAAACACACACGAAGAGAGAAAUCGUGAAACUUCGAUGCGACAAAUGUAGAAAGUUGUAUACUCGACACGAGGGAAAUCACAUGAAAAUAAUCACAGAGAAUUUGCUAAUAUAGAUAUACGUAUAAAAUAAAAGAAAUAAAAAAAAGUAUUAUAAACAAAAACACAACUGUAAUUAAAGUGUGUGUGAAAAAUCUAUGUCCUAGGUAGUUCAGUGAAAAAUGUUGAAAGUAAUUGUGAUUUGUUAUUAUGACUAAGAUCGAAACAAAAGAAACAAAAAGAAAACGGCAGAUGUUCUACGUGCAAAAGUACCAUUUAUCGAUAAAGUUAUCCAUUUGCAAAGAUAUUUAUUUAAAUUACCUAUUGGCCGGGGGCAAACGUAUGUUUAGAUUAAAUUGUAAACGGCACUACGGUACGAUACAGUUCAGUUGAGUUCAUUAGUUUUUGCGUAAAUUUUAUCGAUUCUUUGUUACCAUUUACAGUUAAAAUGUCAUAUAUUUCUUCUGAUUUCCAAUUAAUGUCAAAAAUAGUUGAUUACGUUGAUUUUGGAAUGUGGAUCAAAUUUAAUGUAUGACACAGAAGAAUAAGCCACAACUCAUUUCAAUUCAUUCUUGGACGAUAUAACUUAUUUUAAUGGUUUUUGUCAAAUCAUCAAUUGGUUCAUUGAAUCAUUUGAUUGAUUAUUCGUUUGAAAGAGGAAAAAAAUUUAUCCGGAGCCAUUUUUUGUUGCUAGCAUACCAUACUUGAAACCAAUCAUGAUUGGAAGCAAAUAUUGAAACAAUUGACACAAGCGCCAAUUUCCAGAGAUGUAUUGAAAAGCAUAAGAGAAAAACGAAUAGUGCACAUUCAAAACAUGCAAUAGCACAAUGUCGUUGGAAAUGGAUGAUCGGUAUAUUUAAAGACGAUUCCUUGUUGGAUGAGAGUGUUCAAAUGCAUCUAUUUGAACAACCUAAUGCAGUGCAGCAUCAUGUGUCGUCACUACCACAUCAUUAUUGAAAUAAAUUAUCUCACACUUUAGACAUAUGAACACGGCUCUUUUAGUUGAACAGAACUAAAAAAAAAAUUCCUAUCUGAAAAUGUUACAAACGGAAAAGCGAAUAUGUAUACAUGCAACGUAUAAAUAGUAAAUGUACUUUCUAAAUAAGUUGAAAAGAUUGAAAUUUGUCAACUAACCACAGUGAGAUUGAGUGAGUGUUUGAAUAGCUCAGAUGUACACACAAUUUUGGAUUCGUACGUAAAUGAGCAAUAAAUUUAUUCAUCCAGAACGAAUGAAGUUCACUCUUUUCGGAAUGGAUGAUAUUAUAGUUGUUACGGUUGCAAGAAAACAUUGACUGACCAGUGGCAAACCAGGAAUAGCGUAUCAUUCAUUCAUUUAUAUUGCCAAAAAAUGACAUUUGGAGUGAGAUGUGCGAACAAAAUGUGUAACAUAUGGAAAGUGCCACAAUACAUUUCAAAUGUAAGUCAUUUGACACAUAGCAGUCAAUGCCAUCUCAAUUCCAAUUAAUUCACUUCUAAUCAUUGUAUUUUUCGGCAACUUUUUUCAAACGUGUAUGGCUUUACUAGAAUAUAAUCAACUUUACGACGACGCUAACAGCUUCUCUGUGGGCCGUUACUACGUAUUGAUGUUUUGCAGUGGUUACUCCAUGCAUUUGCCAAAAUACUAUGAUUUUUGUACUCUCUUCUACGAUGUGUGUGUGUGUGCAGAGAAGUUGCUAGUGUCGCCGUAAAGUUGAUUAUAUUCCACUCAAGCCACACACGAUUGAAAAAAGUUGCUCGAAAUAUUCGAUGAUUCAAUGAGUUGGAUCAUAGAUGUCAUUGGCUAUCUUUUGGUAUUCCGGCAUAAUAUUUAUGAUGUGUAAUUGCAUCUGGGCAAUGAACACUUUUCUCUGUCGACUGAUGACGUUUUCGACCAGAUUCUAUCACAAGCAAACACAACGUGAAUGAAAGGCAUCAAUGUACAUACAAAAUGAGAUGGGAAAUGUUUCAAGUGAUGGGUACUAUUUUUAGAAACAAAAUGCCCCAGAUUGCUAAUGACUUUUUUUCGUGAAAAAUCAAAGUUUACAUGCGAAUUGCAUUCCAAAACGGUGAAAGUGCAUGCGGCUAAAAACCAAAGGCUACUCAACAAAAUCCGUCGCACAGAAAGCAGUUGUGCAGCCGUGCUGUUUGCACAUUAGACUUUUUCGCAUACACAUCGUUCGUUCAUCGUGUUUCCUAUGUGCCGAACGCUCUAUAGUAAUUUAUUCCAUCACUGUAGCCAUGCUUCGUAUGGAACUCGGCUUUGAGCGUUCGGCGCAUACAUACACGCAUACACGCGUUUGUCUGUGUGCUGAUUUCGUUUGUAUGAAACACGAUGAACGAUGAUAUAUAUGCGAAAAAGUCCGAUGUGCAAACAGCACGGCUGCACAACUACUUUCUGUACGACGGAUUUUCUUGAGUAUACAUAUUUAUCUGCAUCAUGAAAACAUUUCCCAGGAAUGAGAGAAAAUCGUCAUCGAAUUCGAAUUUCCGGCAGCUAAAUCACGAUAAUCGGCUACUGAAUCAUUUGCCUACAUUAUAUUUAUAUAAUAAACAUAUAUUUUAUGAAAUGACAAAAAAAUAAUUGCAUAUUUUAAAGAAAAUAAUUCCAAAUUUAUGAAACAAAAAUAAAAUAAAAACUUAUCAGUGUAUAUAUAAUUCAAAAUAAGAACAAAAACCAAAAAAAAAUGGAUUAGGAAAAUUGCGUCACACGUAUUGUGUCAUGAUAAACUAUUUAAACGACUUUGAUUUUCACUAUGAUUAAAAUAGCGUUUGAUAAGAAAAAUCAAAACGAAUUUGUGGAAAACUACGUGAAAUUCGAUUUUGUCUAACCGAAGACGGAGAAAAAUUGUCGUUUUAGAGGUGAAAAAAACAAAAUCAACCAAACAAACACAUAUUUUACAGGGAUGCCACUUAAAGUGAAAAGAAUUAGCAAAUCAUUGAUUUGUCAGACACGAAUUAGAUAGAGAAUGUGACCGAUAAAAUAUUUCAGUUGAAUUGUUAUAACUGGUAAAUUCUUUUAUGAUGAAAAAAAAACAGAAGAUGAGAAAAAAAAACUAUUUAUCGCAUUUGUUUUCGUAUUGAAAGUGUUUUGUAAAGUUACAGUUUUAAAUUUCCGUUGUAGCCUUCACCCUAUUUUAACCAUACUAUUCGAUAUAUGGGUUGUACAAGAUAUUGACAACAAAAAAACAAACUAUCACAGAUCAUCAAAUAUGUAGUAUCGAGAAAAUGAACAUGCGUGUGAAUGCAAUGGAUGCGAUUUAGAGCGAUCAUGCGUUAACAGCAGCAUAAUGAUGAGAAGAAAAACAAAUCCGCAUAAAUAUCUAUAAAUAAAAUAGUAUGGAGUAAGUUUUCAUUGAACAGUGAAAAGAAUCACUACAAAUGAACGAUGGAUUUCACAAGCAAAGAGCACACACAUAUACAAACAAAUAAGGCAAAUGCUAAAAAAAGCAUCAUGAUUCAAAGAAGAAGAAGGAAACAUUCUAGAAUAAGUGGAUUGAUAAGGUACGUUAAUGAAAUGCAAAUAAAUAACCAAAAAUAAAAACAAAGCCAAAUCUAACGAACUCUCAUUAAACGAAACUGUAUGCAUCAAUCCAAGAGAAAGGAAGAAAGGAGAAAAACUAAUGAUAGGCAUAAUUAGAAGUAUAUUUAUUUGGUAUUUUGAAUUAGCUAAUGGUUGAAACGAUUUCAAUACGUUUUAUUUUCAGGUUCAUUACUUGAUCCAUUCAAAGUUCUUUCAAUGACCACCAUGUGAAUCAAUCAAAAUAAACUGUUUUUGAGAAAGAAAGAAAAAAACAAAAUUCAAGAAAAUUCCAAAUGAUUGGAUUUCCUUUCGUUUGGUGGGUGUGUGUAAAUAAAAAUGGGAUUCGAGGCAACAAUCACCCACGCAAAAGAAAAAUUAAUCCAAACGUCACUCACGCUGCUCCAUCAUAUUGCAAUUAAUUGAAUGAAUGCCAACCUAAUUGAAAUAUUUCCAGUUCAUUUGAUCUGCUAAGAGUACGAUUUCAUUAUUGACUUUGUACCACAGACCGAACAAAAAUAAAUAUCGAUUUGAAGUGUUGAAUGCCAGUCACGCGGUUCUUUAAAGCUUCCCACUUCUAUUCAGAAGAGUCUCACAUUCGAUGCUCAAUGUUUUAAUGAAUGAAUCAAAUCCAGUAAAGUCAGGUGGAAUAUUCAACUCUUAUACAGAGUUAAUGCAGCGAAUCCUUCGCAAAUUAUAAAGUCAUUUAUUUAUCUUUCUAUUCACUUUUUCUCUAUCACUCCACCCUUCAAUAAUAAGUAGAAAACUAAUUCAUUUUUAUCAGCAUUCAUUCCAAAUCCGAGUGCAAACUGAAGCAUGACCGUGUAGUAUCAGUGACUGCAUGCGCACAGUAGAUAAGAACGAAAAAAAAGAGAAACGUUAUGCAGCUAAACGAGUAAACUGAAAAGAAAUACAAAUCUGAAUGGAUUUUUUUCUCUCACCGUGAAAUUGAUUCCAGCUUCCAUUUUUCAUUCUGCUUCCGAUCGUGGGUAACGUAAUUUCAAUUUGUCGAGAUGGAGCAGAGAAGGAAGAGAGCUGGAGACAGAGUCAGGAUGGAAAAGAGAGAGAGAGAGAGAGAGAGAGAGAGAGAGAGAGAGAAAAGAGAAACCAAUGAAAGUGAAUUGUGAAAAUGAAAAAGAAAA